UUGAUCUUUGCAGAGGCCAAAUGCGCAUCGAAAUUUUCUUCAAGGGGUAAACUGUAAAAAAGCCCUAAAAGAACUAAAAACCACAGCCUACGUCGCCGUUAAUCUCCGGACGCGCCAUUCUCUCUCUCCCUUCGCGGCUAAUCCCGGCCGCCUACUUCAUCUACCGCGGUAAUCAACCAUCGGAAAAUCCAGCGAACCCUAGUUUUCAAAGAUGACGGAGGUGGCGAGCACGGUCGUUCACGACGUACUGGGCCGAAGAGCUCUAGACGUGGACCAGCCAAUCAUCGACUACAUCGUCAAUGUCCUCGCCGACGAGGACUUCGAUUUCGGCGAAGACGGCGACGGAGCUUUCGAAGCCCUAGGAGAACUACUGGUCGAUUCCGGCUGCGUUUCUGACAGUACGGAAUGUCGCUUGGUUUGUAGCACACUUUGUGAAAAAUUUGGAAAGCAUGGGUUGGUUAAAGAUAUUCCAACUGUGAGAAGCCUCACAACACCAUUGAGAAUGUUUGAUGGGAUGGAUGAAGAGGAAGUUCCAAAGAAGAAGCCGGAGGUGAUAGAUGGUCCUUUGCUAACUGAACGUGACAAAAUAAAGCUUGAAAGGAGAAAGAGAAAGGAGGAGCGCCAAAGGGAGGCAGAAUACCAGAUGCAUUUAGCAGAAAUGGAAGCAACCAAAGCUGGAAUGCCUGUUGUAUGUGUAAAUCAUGGUGAUGGACCAAAUGUCAAGGAUAUCCACAUGGAGAACUUCAGUAUCUCUGUGGGUGGUCGUGAGCUUAUAGUUGAUGGCACGGUGACACUUUCAUUUGGAAGGCACUAUGGUCUUGUAGGAAGAAAUGGUACUGGGAAAACAACUUUCCUGAGGUACAUGGCCAUGCAUGCAAUCGAUGGUAUUCCUUCGAACUGCCAGAUAUUGCAUGUGGAGCAGGAAGUGGUUGGUGAUGACUCAACAGCCUUGCAGUGUGUUCUUAAUGCUGACGUUGAAAGAGCCCAGUUAUUGGAAGAGGAAGCUCAUCUAGUUACAUUACAGAGGAAAUUGGAGAUGGAGGCUGAAAGUGGAAACGAUAAAGGGGAGAUAAAUGGGAUGGACAAAAAUGCUGUCGCCCAAAGGCUUGAAGAGAUAUACAAAAAACUCGAGUUAAUAGAUGCAGAUUCUGCCGAGUCACGUGCUGCUACCAUUCUUGCAGGUCUCAGCUUCACAACAGAAAUGCAGAAGAAGCCUACAAAAACCUUUUCUGGAGGAUGGAGAAUGCGAAUAGCACUUGCCCGUGCACUAUUUAUUGAGCCUGAUAUAUUACUACUGGAUGAACCCACGAACCAUCUUGAUCUUCAUGCUGUCUUGUGGCUGGAAACUUACUUGGUGAAAUGGUCAAAAACAUUCAUAGUUGUUUCUCAUGCUAGAGAAUUCUUGAACACGGUAGUCACAGAUAUUCUCCAUCUACAAGGGCAAAAACUGACUGCAUACAAGGGAGAUUACGAUACCUUUGAGAGGACACGAGAGGAGCAGCUUAAGAACCAACAGAAAGCAUUUGAGUCUAAUGAACGUGUGAGGGAACAUAUGCAGUCCUUCAUUGAUAAGUUUCGCUACAAUGCAAAGCGUGCAUCUCUUGUCCAAUCAAGAAUUAAGGCAUUGGAGCGGAUAGGGCGUGUGGACGAAGUUAUUAAUGACCCUGACUACAAGUUUGAGUUCCCUAGUCCAGAUGACAGACCAGGUCCACCAAUUAUAAGUUUCAGCGAUGCAUCUUUUGGUUAUCCUGGGGGGCCACUAUUGUUUAAGAACUUAAAUUUUGGGAUUGAUCUUGACAGCCGCGUAGCAAUGGUUGGCCCAAAUGGCAUUGGAAAAUCAACUAUACUCAAGCUAAUUGCUGGGGACCUUCAACCAAGCUCAGGGACAGUUUUCCGCUCGGCUAAGGUUCGCAUUGCUGUGUUCAGUCAGCAUCAUGUUGACGGGUUAGACUUAUCUUCAAAUCCUCUUCUAUAUAUGAUGCGCAACUUCCCAGGAGUGCCUGAACAAAAGCUUCGAGGUCACUUGGGUUCAUUUGGUAUAACUGGAAAUCUUGCUCUACAGCCAAUGUACACCUUGUCUGGUGGUCAGAAAAGCAGAGUUGCAUUUGCAAAGAUAACUUUCAAAAAACCUCACAUUUUACUGCUUGAUGAGCCAUCGAAUCAUCUUGAUUUGGAUGCUGUGGAGGCAUUAAUUCAGGGUCUUGUCCUGUUCCAAGGAGGCGUGCUGAUGGUGAGUCACGAUGAACAUCUGAUAUCGGGCAGUGUGGAACAGCUGUGGGCAGUCACUGACGGCAAGGUGUCACCUUUCAAUGGAACAUUCCAGGAUUACAAGAAACUACUUCAGCAUUCCUAAGCCAAAUCGCAGUUUAGUUUUGCUGGAUUGUUGCCCUUAGUAAACAACGGGUUGUGGAGCUUUUCCAUCGUGAUAGUCUAGGUUUAUGGCUCAAGUGAUAUGUUUACCAUAUAGGAGAUGAUUAUGUAGGCUUUUUGAUGCAAUCCAAAGGACAUGUUAUCUGUUACCCCGGGUUUUUUUCUUUCUUGAUCGGGGUUAAUUGUUAGCCCCCAAGUUAUUUAUGAACAUGAUUUUUUUUUUCGACAUCAUAUUUGUGGACAUUAUUGGAUGAAUGAUAAAUGGGACAAGGGGAUUUCCUUUUGGUUUUUUCA